CCACGCGACGUUAGCCAACACUUAAAUACCAUCCCACAAGCAGUAAACGAAAGAAAAACAAAACCCAAGAAAACAACGGAAUAGAAGAAGGACAAAGUUUUGUUCAAUGUAAAUGGAGCCGUAAAGCUAACAAAAUAAAAUGAAGACCUAUAAAUUAAUCACGCACACAAGGGGCUGUAAUAAGUCAUAUGAUGCCGAUUUAGUGUUAAAUCCACAGGAUCAUCCGACAGCCAAGGUCGGCGAUGUGGUGGAAAUCUAUGCACCCGACGAUGAGAAUGGCACCCAUCUGCUGCUGCAGAUAACCGAACUGAACGAACAGAACAAAACGGGCCGCAAUGUAAUCAGCAUUGAGUCGUGCAUCGCUGUCGCAUUCAAGAUGAAACCCUAUACGCAUGUCGUGAUGCGAAUUGUGAAUCCGGCGGAUGUUGCACUCGACUCCAUAGAGAUCACCUUCAAGGAUCAGUAUAUGGGACGCUCGGAAAUGUGGCGUCUCAAGACGUAUCUGACAAAUACCUGCGUGUAUGUGAACAAGAAGAUCGACUACAAUGACAUGCAGAUACGGUGUCAGGUGUACGAGAUGUGGUCGCAGGGUGAGCGUGUGGCCAGCGGCGUCAUUACGGAUGACACAAAGAUUGUGUUCCGCAGCAGCACCUCGAUGGUCUAUCUAUUCCUGCAAAUGUCCUCGGAAAUGUGGGAUUUCGAUAUCCACGGCGAUUUGUACUUUGAGAAAGCGGUCAAUGGAUUUCUCACCGAACUCUUUCAGAAGUGGAAGAAACUCGGCUGCAAUCACGAGGUGACCAUUGUCCUCUUCUCGCGCACCUUCUAUGCGGCCAAGAACCUCGAUGAGUUUCCCGCCCAUAUGCGCGACUGCCUGCAGCAGGAUUACAAGGGACGCUACUACGAGGAUUUCUAUCGCGUCGCUAUACAGAACGAACGCAACGAUGACUGGUGCACUGUGCUCGCCCAGCUGCGGAAACUGUUCACCUCGUAUCAGGCGACUGUGCUGCGCUAUCAUGAACGUCAGAAUAUGCGCAUACCGCUGGCAACCAAUUCGACGGCGACGCAGGGCAACUUCCUGGAGGUGCUCAACAUAUCGUUGAAUACAUUCGAGAAACAUUAUUUGGAUCGCACAUUCGAUCGCACUGGUCAACUGUCCGUUGUGAUUACGCCCGGUGUCGGAGUAUUCUCAGUGGAUAGAGAACUCACCAACAUCACCAAGCAGCGCAUCAUCGACAACGGCGUCGGCAGCGAUCUUGUGUGUGUGGGCGAGCAGCCUUUGCAUGCUGUGCCGCUGCUGAAGUUCCACAACAAGGAUACGACACUCACAUCGGCCGAUGACUACUCACUGCCGCAUUGGAUUAAUCUGAGCUUCUACUCCACGAACAAGAAGAUUGCAUAUUCUAAUUUUAUACCACGCAUCAAGCUGCCGAUUCUAUCGUUUGACGAUGACCCCGAUGUGGAGGAGAGUGAGCGUAACUUUCUCAGCUGCAAUCAGUCCGAGUAUAUACACAACUCCCUCUUCGACUAUGAUGCGUACGAUGAGCAAAUCUUUCAGCCACUGCCCGCCCAGAGCACCUGCUCCUUGCAGCGUGUGGUGAGGGCAAAGAAGACGUCGGUGCCCAGCUUUGAGACGUAUGCGUAUCGCAACAAUGACUGGGAGAAUCUGACGCCCACAAAAAUACCCAGUUUGCGGCGUAAGAUGUCUGAUCCGGACAUACAUCACGGCACCUCGGGCAUGCUGGCCACCCUCUCCGACGCGACCAAUCUGUCUGAGUCGCUGGCAUCAGAGAAGAAUGCCAGACGAACAAUUGUCAGCAUUGCACCAAUUGUGCGCCCGGGUCGGGCGCUCAUCAAUCCCUUUGAUCCAUCGCAUGUGACCAUUAAGCUAACUUCCAAUCGACGCCGUUGGACGCACAUCUUUCCCAAGGGCCCAACGGGUGUGCUCAUCCAACAACAUCAUUACCAAGCUGUGCCAGCAAAAACAGUGCCGGCGAUCAACUACUCUCGCCAUCUGCAGCACUCGAAUAGCACCAACAACAACACCAACAAUAACAAUGAGAACAACGAGUUCAACUCGUCGGCUGGCGAUCAGUUUGAUCAGAUGUCAACUCACUCCAUGAUUAGCCUGACCAGAUCUUUUACUUCACAAAACUUUGCCAUAGGCGAUGACAAAUCUGAUUUUUUCAAGAAGCGCCACAAUUCGCUGCUAAAUGCAACGCCGGCCGCCAAUGUGCCCAAUCUGACUGCCACACAGGCGAAGUCGUAUCUGUGGGGUGCCACUGGGGAGCAGGAGUGGACGCCAGCGAUUACAACGGGCAAACACACAACUAUGAAACCGAUUGUCGAAAGUGACCAUAAUAAUUUUGGAAGCUCACCGCUUGAGGCUACAACAGAGGCGGUCGGCAAAGGAAAGAUCAUCAUAGGCGUUGACUGGAAAUCGCUAUCGAUACCCGCUUGCCUGCCCAUCACCACGGACUAUUUUCCGGACAAGCGUUCACUUCACAACGACUACGUGAUUUCCGCGUACACACUGCUUCCCGAUGAUGUGAAUCAGGACUAUGCCACCAGUCGUGCCGUCUACCGCAAGCCCCUCUCCACGGAGGAGGUCUGCAAGGAGAUCGUCUCACAGCGGCUGGCCCAGGGCUUUCAGCUAAUUGUUGUCGAGGAGAAGCCGACGACAGCCAGCUCCAGCAACGCUUGUUCGGCCAGUGGACCAGGAGUUGGCAGUGGUGCCACCACCACCAACAACCAAUCCACAUCUGCUGUGCUCCCCGUAAAGCCACCCUGCGAGUCGAACAAGGAGUUUCUGCUCUCCAUUGGACGCAUCUUUCACAAGAUCUCGUUCAGCGGCUCUGUUAUCACCGUAACGGGUUACAGGCCCAGGCAUCCCUAUCCGCCCAUCAAUGUGGAUUAUCGCUAUCGCUUUCACGCGCCACAACACGAGACGUAUGAGAUAUCUGGCGUUAACUUCACCACUGAAAAGCUGGAGAACUUCAGCUGGAAUCACAUGGAUUUGUACAUUUGCACGCGCGGCGACGUCGACUAUCCGCUAAUGGAGAGCCUGAAGUAUUGGCGCUUUCGCAUGUAUCUGUUGCCGCGCGAUAGCAUGGUUAAUAAGAUCGUUAGCUUUGGGUGCCAGCGCUGUGAUAUAUUCACCGAAGCCGUGGUGGAUAACACACGGGAGCAAAUUGAGGAUUUUGUACGACUGAUCGAGACUGUCAGCAAAUUGAAGCGACAAAAUGGCCGCAAAGCUCGCGAUAGCCCCACCACCCACAGUCUAACCAAGCGACGACACAGUACGAGCAAUUUGUCCAGGCCUCUUAACCAGCAUGACACACCCACACCUAGAAACACUGAAAAGACUCAUAAUCUAUUAAACUCACCACAGCAAAGCAUCGAUGUGCGACCCAAACUGGAUGCCAGCCGCAUUUCUCGCAUCCUGCCCAGUCAGGAUGCGGCAACAGCGGCGGCAGCAACUGCGACUGCAGUCGCUCCACGCGACGAUCAGGAUGAUGGUUUCCCCAUGGAUAUCAAGUUCAGUGCGAGUGCAACGCUGGCAGAGAUGUUUGAGGCCAUGAAGCAUCCGGUGAAUGGCGUGGGCUUCUUUACCCAAACUCAAUCGCUACCCUCCUGCACCUUCAUCUCUUACGAUGCGCUGAUAUGGCUCCGUUCUCGUGUGACCAACGGCCGCCAUCCUCUGGAGCUGUUGGAGGCAAUGCGCAAGGAGCGCAUGAUAUGCCACGCCUCUGGCGAUUGGAAUCAGCCCGUUGUGCCGGGCUUUGUCUUCUACUAUGUCGUCCAGCAGGACAAGAAUGCCAAAGAUUAUGCGCCGCCUUUGAACGAGUAUAGCGCAUUUGUCAAUGAGUGGCUGGAGAUUGAGCUCCAGGGUUGCGGCUUCCUGUGGCACGACGAGCCAGCGCCCACAAAGGUGCCCAAUUUCUUGCGUGAUACGCCCGCUCCACAAUCCUGGACGGAGUACUGCAUGAACAAGCGCGUCUGUCGCAAGUCGCAUUUGGAGAUCGAUGUGAACCAGAAGAGCGAUCGCAUGGAAUGGGGUCAUGUCAAGCAUCACACGGUCAUGCAGCCAGGAUUCGCUUUCGAGCUGGUCGUCGAGUGGGUAACCUCAUCGGGACCCAUUGUUUCUGAUCUGAUUUCUGGUUGGAUGCGCAAGGCGAAUCAGUGUGGCUUUCAGCUAGUCUCUGUGCCCGCUGAUCCCAUGGCUGAGCCGUUUACAGAGAAAUCAGAUCCAUUACGUGGUCCCAUCUUCAUUCCAUUGUGCGUCACAUUUUUACCGGAUGGCGCCGCCCUCUUCGAUGAGUUCCCCGAGAAUAGCCGUUCCGAUCGCAUGCUCUUCCUGCAGGAGACCAUUUUGGCCAGAUUUGGUUUCAUGCCUUGCGUGCUCGAGGAGAAGUUCACCCUAAACAAGGACCAGAUGCCCAAAGAAUACCAAUAUGUCCAUUGCACUGGCAAUAUGUUUGCUCUAAUACGCUGUGCCAGCAAGAACUACCAGGUGGAGUCACCCAGUCGCCAGGAGGCGAAUUUCACGCGUUGUGUUUAUGGACACACGAACAAUACGAAUGUGCCCAAAAAGGUGGGCUUCUUGUGGGCCUGGAAUCACAUGAUACCCAACAAGAAGUGGAAGGCGCUGACCAUCAACAACUCGGCAGAUGGCGAACUCUUCCAGCUGCGCAUGCUGAAGGAUUUCCGUGAGUUCUGCUCGAACAGUGAUCAGCGUCUGGCCAAGUUUUGGACGGAUUCGCAGGAGCUAAAGCGGAAAUGCCUUAAAUUUGAAUACAACAACAAUAACAACAGCGAUGAUGCAAAAAUUGUAUAGACUUCCAACUUAAGAUAUGAAUUAAUUUAAACUAUUAAAUAUUGAUAUAGGAAAACUGA